AAACUCCCAUAUUUACCAUAUUUCUACUAUCUUUCUAGUCGUUCGCUAUUCACUCUGAAAAUUGUCAUUUCGUAAAUCGCGCUUUUUCCCGCUUCAGCUUUUCAAGACAUCAUGGGUCUCUUCAGGCCUUCCACCAACCUCGGUCGACCGAAAACCGCUCAGCCUGAUCCGAGUUCACUCCGUGGUAGAAUUAGUGGUCCUAUGCCGAUGGAUGAUGAGUUUCCUAUUCGGCAACCUGGGCAUGGGAUAGCCCAUGAAGGCAAACCAGAACCACCCGAGUCCCGCGCCGAGGACCAGCCCGCCUCUAGGGUUGAGAAUACACCACCUUCCGACGUGGUACGGGCGGAUAAUAUAGAUUCUGUAACCCCUGACGGACCGAGCCAAGCUUCUAAUUCCUCUGCGAGCCCGCGGCAGCAAAAAACUGCCCGUCCUACUACCCUAAGAUAUUCCACCGUCAGCGACGGCACGGACGUAGAUCGACCUCAACGAAAGAGAUCGACACUUAAAUCUACACUAGGUAGACUCUUCAAACGAAAGAAGAAGAGUACCGGCGGGACUUCUAUCUCGGAGGGUCGGUUUACAGGAUCGGGCGAAGAGGAUGCGUCAGCUUCGAAUCGAGUUCAAAAGGAGACUGAAUCUAAACGGUCGGUCUCGUUGCCAGUUACCGAUUACGACCGGGCGCUAAGAUCGCAUUCGAUCGGUCCCGAUGAUAUGAUGGCGAUUACUAGCGCUCGUAGCUCAUUACAAGUAGAUCCCGCAUUACUUCGAAGGAGAGCUGCGUCUUCUAACAGGAUCCUGAGUGGAAGAAUUAAAGACUUUGAUGGAGAGAUAAUAGGCCUUUCGCCUAGACCAGCUAGCACUCAUGGACGUGGUGGCAAUUUAUCAAGGCAGGAUGAUCCCGAAGAUAUCGGUCGUGCCAUUACUAGUGACAGUCGCACGCAUCGUCGAAGAUCAAGGAGUCUGUCGCAGCUUAAUGAUACUGCGGUUGGUCAUAUCCGGGUCCGAAAGCGCAGCGAUGAGAUUCGCUAUUGGAGGGAGAGUUUUAACCACCCUAUUUUGUCGCCUAAUUCAUCAACGGUAAAUAAUGACGAUCCUGUCAUCGUGGAUACGGAUGCGGGAACCCAACCAGAAACUCCAGCAGAACCGCCCGAGCAGAUUCCGCCGAAGACGCCGCCGCAGCCCUUCAAUUUCGGUCCAAUGUUCGGAAUGAAAAUUACACAAGCGGCCAGCCUUGAAGAUCGUAUAGCUACUCUGGAGGUUCGCAAUCAAAAACUAGAGAAAAUAUUGUCUCAGCUUUUCCAGCUUGUGCCAGGUGUUAACAACUAUGUACCUGAUACCCCUGACCAAGCACAGCCUCGAGGAUCCGUAGCCCAGUCAGCGACUUUUACGGCGCCGUCGUGCGCGGUAGUGGCUGAAUCGUCUGGAUACCAUGCAUCCUCGCAGGAUGUUGAACACACAUCGAGAUAUAGCGUCUCUCAGCAGUCGAAUGAGUCGUUCGGAGACGGAAACACAUUCAUUGGGUCUUUGCCCCCUUCGACGAGACCACCGCCUGUAAGGCCCACGUCGAACUCGACAAUUCGCGGUGCGACGAGCUUGCCCGCACUACUAGGCGAGAAUGCGGGAGCUCUUGCCGCCGAUCAGUAUACAACACUGAAAGCCCUCGUUGACACCGAGCGAGACGCCCGGCAGGCGUUGGAAGCCCGUGUAACGAAACUGAGUCACCGACUCAACCUCAUAUGCCGUACUUCACCGAAGCUCGAGACUGCAUCCACUACUUAUUCCACCGUCUCUGCCUUUGAACAUGACGAUGAUGAGCCCCUGAGUGCUGGCGCAGACACCGAGUCGGAGGCAUUUAAAACGCCACGCGAAGAGGGUCAUUUCGGUGCUUUCGGCGAGGAGCUACGGGAUGAAGAGGUAGACGGCUCGAGAAAGAAGGCGGCUAGAACCCUUUCUCUUAGCCAGUUAACUUUAAAGAGGCCUGUGCGGUCUCCGCCAGAGAGCGGUGUAGAUUUAUGACUACACGGACUGUAAAGUAUGCUAGCUAAUGCACUCGCGAGCUUUAACUUAGCAGAUCACUACUACCUACGAUUUUUUUUAACCCAGCAUUAUUGCUCGUUUUCUAGGACGCAAUUGGAAUUUCGGCAUAGGAGGCUUUUUGUCUUUACCUUUGGGCGCAACGACACUGGUUGAUCCUAUCACGAUGUCCGAGCAUGGCGUUUGAGAUGUACGACUAUACGACGAGAUUUCCCUCCUUUUUAACGCCUUACAUGGCGACCUUUUCUCAGCGAGAUGAAUGAGCGAGCUAUCCUUGUCGUUCUGUCACGGCCGUCUGAGAUGGUACUGCAACAGCCGCCAUCUCACCUACCCUUCCCUCAUUGUAUUUUUUAGCCAAGUUACUAUCCCACAUUGAACCUGUUAUUUGAUACCACAUUAUAGCAGCCUCGCAUUGCUCGCAUUUUGUUUUUUAACUUGUUUUUUGAGAUUUUUUCGAUAUCGUCUAUCUUGCGCAGAGCAUUGCUGGAGCAGGAUUCAGGCACGAAUGAUACCAGGUGGAAAGCGAAGGAAGGAGGCGUAAGAGUGUCUAAUGGAGGUAGUUCGAAAUAACCUCGUGUAUUAGUGAUAAUUCAUUUAAUAUAUGAGGUGCGCACGUCUAGGACGUGAGCUGCCGCCGUUGACGAUGAUUACAAUUUGCUCUUCUAGUUUUUGGAUUUGAGUGACUGCUUAUUGAUUAUAGAGAGCGAUUCUCUAAACUGAGGAAUUUUU